CCAUAUGAUGAGGAUAUGUGGCGUUACGUUACACAUGUCAGCCCGGCAGUUUGCCCGCGUCGCUCGUUCACACACGUGGAAGGAACGCGUUUAGUAUUCGGCCCGUUACAGCGAAUGGAGGCAAUACCUGAGGAAUUCAGCAGGUGUUCGUAUCGCGGGGUCACUCGCGUCAGGACGAACGACGCCUUUAGAUAUUCACCUCCUCUUCCAAUCGUCGCGGAGUCCACUGACGUCAGCGGAUUUUCGGCAUUGAAUAUUCAGUGCCUUAACGCCGCCGGCCAAGCGACUCACACGAAUUUCCAUCUGGUAAAAGAAGACAUGUUCAUCGUUAAAGCGAAUCACACAAAUUUCCAUCCGGUAAAAGAAGACAUGACCGUCGUUAAAUCGAAUAAUUCGAACGGAAAAAGUCCGAGAGCGAAUUCCGCAAGACCUAACGUUGUUCUACUCGGCAUGGAUUCCGUCUCCCGCCUAAAUUUCAUCCGUCAGAUGCCGAGUACGUAUUUGUUUCUGAAGACGACACUCGGCGCAGUGGAGUUGCUCGGCUAUAACAAGGUGGGCGACGCUACCUUUCCGAAUCUUCUUGCUCUGCUAACCGGCAAGUUUAAACAGCAGCUUGCUACCGUCGACGAGAUGGAACGAAUGCCGCUCGACGACUUCCCGUUCGUAUGGAAAGAUUUCAAACGGCAGGAUUAUCGCACGCUAUACAUCGAAGAUGAGUGCAUCAUGUCAACCUUCAAUUAUGUAAAGAGGGGUUUCGAAAGCCCGCCAACGGACCACUAUCUGCGUCCGUUCGUCUGCGCGGUGGAGUCGCAUUUUGAGACCGAUCACGUGGCGCCACCUUGUGUGGGGAUGAAGACACUCAGCGAAGUGCUUUUAGAUUACUUUGUCGAGUUCCUUGCGACUGACCAUCGCGGCAAAUCCAAGUUCGGAUUUGUUUUCCUUGCUAGAGAUUCGCACAAUCGACUCAAUUUUGCAGCCGACGAGAUGCAUCGGCGGUUUUUCGACAAGAUGCACGAGAAGGAGAUUCUGCGCAAUACGAUAGUUGUCUACUUCUCCGACCACGGCUUGCGUGUCGGCAGAGAAUUGCAGACGACGAUCGGAAAGCUUGAAGAGAGGACACCGUUUGCUUUCGUAAUCGCACCAGAGUCAUUCAGAUCGCGGCAUCGCCUCCUCUACGAUAACUUGCGGCAAAAUGCAGUCCGGUUAACGACGCCCUUCGACAUCCACGCGACGUUGAAGCACCUGCUUCAAAUCGGGCAGACGAAACCUUACGAACAUGCGGGACACGGCGUCAGCCUUUUCGACGACGUGCCUCCGAAUCGAACGUGUGCCGACGCAAAGAUCCCUCCCCACUGGUGCGCGUGUGACAUGAGUCACGUCAAGGUGGCGUCGGAUAGUACCGGUACUGUCCGCCGCGCUGCAGUGGCGCUGCUGAACUCGAUCAACGAACAGACGCGCAAGUACCGCACCGCGUGUCUCCCGUUUCUACUGCAGACGAUCCAGGAUGCGCGAGUAAGCGUCGAUGGCGCGAGCGGAGAAACGAGCAGACGAUAUUUGAUCACGAUAGUUGCUCGAGCCGAUGGUGACGAUCGCAAGGGGGGCCGUGCUAGCAGUGAAACCGUGUUUGCGGGAACCGUGAUAUACUAUCCCGACACGAGCACGUUUACGGUGGCGCAUGAGAUCAGCAGGUUGAACAUCUACGGCCGUCAGUCCCGCUGCGUGCUGCAUCCCAAGAUCAGGAAACUGUGUUAUUGUAGACGAAAUGAAGACGGGAUAUAUAAGAUAUAUAAAGAAAAAUAUCAAGCAAACGCGCAAUAGGACCACGACAAUUAUUUUUUAUCAUUAUAACUGUAACGUCACCAGCGUGUGAUUCCUUAGAGAAGAGCAGCGAGUAAUUUCUUCAUGAGAUAGGAAAGCAUUUCAGAUCAAUGUAGCAGGAGAUAGGCCCCCUAAUAAUAAAAAUAAUAAUAAAAAUAAUAAUAAUAUUAUUAUUAUUAAUAUUAUUAUUAUUAUUAAUUUAAAUUGCUAAAAAUGCAGAAGUUGAUUAGACCAGUUAAAUAGUUUUGAAAGGCCAAUGGACUAUAUUGAAGAUGGAGCGAAACAAAAUUGCUAAAAUAGACAGAUCAACGCCGCAGAUUGCAGUAGGAAAUGCUACAAUAUUGGCAUCGUGCGUGAUGUAGUCUAAAUUGUCUAAUCAUCAUCAUCAUCAUCAUCAUCAUCAUCAUCAUCUGCGUG